GGGCGUGGCGCGACGACGCCCGCCCGCCGCCUGUCCGGGGAAGGAGCCAAACCAAGAUGGCGGCGCCUGAGGCGGCAGGACCCGCGCUGAGGACCGCCGGCUGAAGCUGCGCCCGAGCCAGAGCAUGUCGGGGCCGGACGAGCGGGAGCCCGGCAGCGGGGUGGCGGCCGCGGCGGCCGCGGGGCCGCUGGUGCUGGGGGACGCGGCGGCCGCGGCGGGCCCGGGCCCUGAGGAGCCAGGGGCCCCUCUCGGGGUCGGCGGGGCGGGCGCGGGGGGCGGCGGCGGCGGCCGGCAGGGCCAGCCGGAGCCCGGCGGCGACCGCGACUCCGACGCGCCGCCCAAGAAGCGGCUGAAGCUGCCCGGCGGGGCCGAGGGCGGCGGCGGCGGCGGCGGCGGCGGCGGCGGGGUGAAGCUGGAGGAGCGGCUCUACUCGGUGCUGUGCUGCACGGUGUGCCUCGACCUGCCCAAGGCCUCCGUCUACCAGUGUACCAAUGGCCACUUGAUGUGUGCUGGAUGCUUCAUCCACCUGCUGGCAGAUGCCCGGCUGAAGGAGGAGCAGGCUACCUGUCCCAACUGCCGCUGCGAGAUCAGCAAGAGCCUUUGCUGCCGAAACCUCGCGGUGGAAAAAGCCGUGAGCGAAUUGCCCUCCGAGUGUGGCUUCUGCCUGAGGCAGUUCCCUCGCUCUCUCCUGGAGAGGCACCAGAAAGAAGAAUGCCAGGACAGGGUGACGCAGUGCAAGUACAAGCGGAUCGGGUGCCCGUGGCAAGGCCCUUUCCACGAACUGACCGUCCACGAAGCGGAGUGCACCCACCCCACCAAGACGGGGAACGAGCUGAUGGAGAUUCUGGACGAAAUGGACCAAACGCAUAAAAGGGAAAUGCAGCUCUACAACAGUAUCUUCGGCCUGCUCAGCUUCGAGAAAAUCGGUUACACAGAGGUUCAGUUCCGUCCCUACCGGACCGACGACUUCAUCACCCGCCUUUACUAUGAGACGCCCCGGUUUACGGUGCUGAACCAGACGUGGGUCUUGAAGGCCCGGGUGAACGACUCGGAGCGCAACCCCAACCUGUCGUGUAAGCGCACCCUCUCUUUCCAGCUCAUCCUCAAGAGCAAGGUCAGCUCCCCCCUCGAGUGCUCCUUCCUGCUGCUCAAGGGACCCUACGACGACGUGAAGAUCAACCCGGUCAUCUACCACUUUGUCUUCUCCAACGAGAACAACGAGACGGAGUACCUGCCGCUCCCCAUCAUCGACUCCGUGGAGUGUAACAAACUGCUGGCCGCCAAGAACAUCAACCUGCGUCUCUUUAUAUUCCAGAUACAGAAGUAA